AGCGUAGCUAGUUUUGCGGUAAUUUUAUCACUUUUGCGGUAAAGUUGAGUGUGGCAGUCGGCAUACAGAAGUAGCCCGGUGGGGGGGCAGAGCAGGCAUCCAACAAGUUUCACACAUCUUUUCUUUGAGCCAAGAAAUACUUUGCUCCAAACCGCGCGGGCACAGGGACGCGGGAAAAUAUGGCUGGUCUUUCAGCCUGGUUUUGGAACGAGAGGUUCUGGCUCCCUCACAACGUAACCUGGGCGGAUCUGGAGAACCCAGCUCCCGGGGUGGAGUAUCCUAAAGCCGGACACUUGUUUACCGCCUUACCGCUAGCUUUGGGAAUUUUCGUCGUAAGGAUACUCUUUGAAAGAUUUAUUGCCGGUCCCUGUGCCCGAAGUCUCCACAUUCAUCAGGGUGCUGGAAGAAGAGCUCAGCCCAAUGCAGUGCUGGAAAAAGUGUUUACAUCCAUCACAAAGAAUCCAGACUCUCGCCAUCUGGAUGGCCUGUCCAAGCAGCUGGACUGGGAGGUGCGAAAGGUCCAGCGUUGGUUCAGACACCGCAGGAACCAAGACAAACCCAGUACACACACUAAGUUCUGCGAGAGCAUGUGGAGAUUUACAUUUUAUUUGUGUAUAUUUACAUAUGGGUUCCAGUUUCUGUGGCAGUCCCCUUGGAUGUGGGAUACACGGCAUUGUUGGUACGGUUACCCCUACCAGGCCAUGACUCCAGGUCUUUAUCACUACUAUGUGACAGAACUGGCCUUCUACUGGUCGCUCAUGUUCUCCCAGUUUACCGACAUUAAAAGGAAGGACUUCCUGAUCAUGUUCAUCCAUCACCUCGCUACAGUCAGCCUGAUCAGCUUUUCUUACGUCAACAACAUGGCGCGAGUGGGGAGCCUCGUACUGUGCGUCCACGACGCCUCUGACUUCCUGCUAGAGGCGGCCAAAAUGACAAACUAUGCCAAGUAUCAGCGCUUGUGUGACUUCCUCUUCAUCGUCUUUAGUGUGGCAUUCUUUAUCACACGGCUUGUUAUAUAUCCAAUAUGGGUCCUGAACUCUACUAUGUUUGAGAGCUGGGCCAUAGUCGGGCCGUAUCCGUCCUGGUGGCUCUUCAACGUUUUACUUCUGGUCCUCCAAGUGCUGCAUAUCAUCUGGUCCUACCUCAUAGCCCGUAUAGCCAUCAAAGCCAUCCUGCGAGGCAAGGUGGGCAAUGAUGUCCGCAGCGACAUAGAGAGCAGCUCUGAAGAUGAGUCAGCCUCGCCAACACAAGGCUUCAAGACCUCCCCUCAUCCCUGUAAGGGAGAAAAUGGCACUAAUGGCCACUGUGCUUCUGCCAAAGCCCGAGCUCAGAACCACAACAGCUGGUGACGCGGAGCCUGAAGCCCCCUGCCGUUCAUCCCCUCGCAGUGUCUUAGAGAGCUUUGUCUUCUGACAUUCCUCUGACGCGCAAAGUUCACUCCCACAUUCUCUCUCACACACACACACACACACACACACACACACUACUCUGACAGUGAGUGCACAGAGAUUCAUGUGUUGGUGAACUGAUGAUAGACAGACACUGGGUCGUGUGAUGAGGCGACACGUAAAAGCUGCAAUGAAGUCUGUUGAAGCGAGUGAUUUGCAUAGCCUUGUUUUUACAAAUGUUGGGAUUUAUCCUGUGCUUGAAGAUGUUCUUUGGAUUCAAAGUUCUCUCCCAGUUUUAUUGGUCAGAUGAACUUGUUUGGUUAUUUCUAAGGGUUAAUUCACAACAGACAGCACAGGGCACAGGUGUGUCACUGCAGACGUAGCAACAUUAAUGUAAUAUUACAGCUCUUAAAAGCACGACACCGGCUGUGAGAGACAGUGUGGCUGAACAUAUCUGCCCUUUGCAGUUCAUUGUGAAACGACCCUUUACCGCAAUGUUGUGAGAGAUUUGUUUUAUUGUUUGUUUUGUUUUUUUUUUACUUCCGAGACCAAAACGUUGAUGAAAUUGUUGGAUAUCACUGCCUGUAAAGAAUUCCAGAUAUGAGGAUAAUAAUAAAGGUCUGCAACUCCUACUUUAGUACCUAAAAAA